AUGACGGCUCUGAAACAUAACUUUUUUCUUUUCUCUCUCUCUCUCUCUGUCUCUGUCUCCAGAUUUCUGAGUCCCCUGAACAUGCUUAUUGGUGGUACUGUGGUGGUGCUGGUGUUCAUGGGGUUUGUGUGGGUAUCGCACAACAAGGAUAUACUCCGCAGGCUGAAGAAGCAGUACCCAACCACUUUUGUAGUGGUCAUUAUGCUGUCUAGCUACUUCUUGAUUUCCUACCUGGGAGAUGUCAUGGUGUUCAUGUUUGGGAUCACACUUCCUCUGCUCUUGAUGUUUGUCCAUGCUUCUCUGAGGCUCCGGAACAUAAAGAACAAACUGGAGAACAAAAUGGAAGGAAUAGGUUUGAAGAAGACCCCUAUGGGCAUCAUACUGGAUGCUCUAGAGCAGCAGGAAGAGAGUAUCAACAAACUGGCUGACUACAUAUCUAAAGUGAAGGAGUAAACAACUGUAACAUGGCAUUUUUACCUGAUGCAGGAGUGUAGUUGCAAUUUCCUAUUGUUCAAGCUUGCUUUCAGUUUGUGUACAAAGCAAGAAAUGCACAUGUGGCACAGAUUAAUACUUGCAGGAUACAGGUAUUCAGGGCUCCUCUAAAAAUAUAAGGAGAGUAACUUUUCUAUUGUAUAGCAAAAUGUUCUGGUGUUUACACAAAUACAUACUAACUUAAACCUAUUUGCUUGUCUCUCCUUGCUGGGGGAGGAGGGGGCAAGAGAUGGAAACCCUCUGGAAUGCAGUCUUUCCAAGUGUCUUUGUAGCAGAUUUGUCUGUUCAUAAGAGUAACACUUUCAUCUCAGCGCUCCAUGAUGGCCAUUCAGCCAGUUUAUUGCACUGUGCAGCACCUUUAAGCUGGCAGACUUCAAGGGGAGCUGGAACGUAUCAAAAGUAGGCAUCUCUUGCAUCCCUAAAACCCCUAAUUAAAGUGGUCUGUAGUGAGAUCAUGUUGUUAGCUCAAGUGGCAAACGGUGAAACUGCAACUCUUUUCUUGUAACGAGUAUGGGUUCUUGUUCUUACCUCGCAUUCCUCCUUUAGCAGUCUGAAACAGUCUAAAUAGAUUUAAGCAAUGGUACCACGCAUCUGUCGGUUCCAGUAAAAUGCACCUUUUUCUCUGAAAUCUUGAUUCUAUUGAGAUAUAUAGAAACAGCUCUUCAUAGGAGAGCCAGAACUUCCUCACGUAACACCUAAACGACAGCUAAACACAGGAAGAAAGAAUGUUUGCAGAUAACCUAGACUAGCUAGGAUUCUACCCUAUUGAUGUUUUUAAACACUGCUUCUUUAGGACUUACCUUGUUCUGCUUUAGUCUUAUAAGGCUGUUCUGUAGAUGAAGGUGUAUGUGUGUGGUGACUUUGUGUGUGGGUCUCUUUUUCUUAUUAGUUAGAAUGCAACGAUACAAGUUUAAAAAAUGCAUCUCACCAACUCUGUUCUUCUGGCACUCUUCAAAGGAAUAAACUGGAUUUCAGGUUUACAAGUAAAAGCAAUAAAUGUGAAGAUACAAUUUUUGAAAACCCAUUCCAAAUUCAUUAAGAUAGCUGCCUGCAACAACUCUUGAAAUUGGGGUGUGUGUGGGGGGGACUCUUUUUUCCCUACCCCCUUUUUUUAAAUACAUAUUUUAACUGCCAGCUUUGAUGGAAUUCUGUCUUGAUAAUAGGUACCAAAAAUAAGGGGGGAAAAUUUCCAGCUGACACUCCAUUUCAAAUAUUCUUGCCUUUCUCCUUUCUAAAAAAGGAAUAGUUUCAUCAACAGUAAAGCAAAUAUCCUUACAUUUGAAGCUUUUAUGUAACUUGCCCAUGCUGUUUUUCAUAGUGGAGUAUGUAGAAAUCUGAAAAUGUCAUUCCAUUUAAGUGUUAUAAAGUGAACAGUAUUUAUUGAAAAUGUCUGUAUAUUCCAGCUCAAGGUUCAAUGGCCUAUUCCUCACUUGUAGCGCAUGGUCUUUGUUUUAUGAAACCUGUUACCGCACUUAAAGAAGGUAGUAGCCUAUGACUCCAUCAUACUGUUGAAUUUUAAACCGCACAGUUAUGAAGAAAAAUAAACUCUAAUGGUGA